GUUGUUGGUCCGUGUCUUCUUGUGUACGGCGUGUGGGUUGGGGGAGGUCUUAGCACCAAAACCCAGAGUGAACGCUCUCAUAGUGACAUCAAUCCUGAAAGAUGAAGUAUCUUCUGGUCUGUCUUCUCCUUUCCUCUCUCUGGUCGAUCUCUUCUUGGGGUAUAACCAACACAGGGUUAGUGGUGAUCCAGUCUCCUCAUUAUGUGACAGUAACUGAGGGGGAAACUGUUCACAUCCAGUGCUGCUGGAAUAAAAAUUUGACGAGGGUCACAGUUAAUUGGAAGAGCAAUGCAGCAAAUACGUCUGAGCUUGUCAAUAAGAGUCAGUGUCAGAAGAGCGCUUCUGAACAGAACGUAUCCUGUUGUUCAAAUCUGACCAUCUCAAACCUGAACAGAAAUGACUCCGGGACAUACACCUGUAAAGUGUCUUCAGAGAUACCAGUUCUUCAACAGUCUGUGGGGAACGGGACACAUCUUACAGUAACUUCAAAAAAUGAUGGAAUCAGCGGUGACCUACAUAACAAUCUGCAUUGGUCUAUCAUUGCUCUUCUGGUUCUCCUGCCUCCCCCAUUACUCCUGGCCCUCCUCUACUUGUACAGAGUGAAAAGAAAACAAGGUGGUGCCUCAGCAAAGAUGGUCAGGGUGAUCCAUCAGACGCCCGACUACGAGGACGACGAGCUGAAGACGGAGGACCUGAGAGAGACCGCCGACCAGACCUCCGACUCCUCCUCCCGGGGAUCCACCCAAUGGUGUCAGGUCCAGGUGUACGAAUCGCUGGAUUACCUGGCUCUUCCCACCAAAGACAACGGCUAAGCACCAGCUCCUGGGCUCAAUCAGUCCGUUUUUACUGUUGCAUGGUUUUCUAUGUAUGCUUCUUUCUACUACAUCUUCUGUGCCAAUGUAUUUUCUGUACAUAGAUUCCUUUGCAUUUGUUUACAGUGUACGACUACAUAAAUCCUUGUGCCACUCGG